UAAAGCAUUUGAUUGCUGGCUGGAACUGCCCAAGUGCUAGUACCAAAAAAGCAUACAUUAAUUAAUAAAUCCCAAUUCUUCAACAAUCUUUAUUCUGUAAUCAAAUCCUAUACUUUUCCAAGACUCAGAAUUCGAAACCCAAUUCAGUUGAAAGAUUUUCUUAUUUCCAAACUCAAGGAGGGCGAUAAUAUAUCAAUAUCAAUUUAAGGAAAUAAUAUAAAUGGAUUUGGGAGAAUUGUGGGCAAUCUUUGGACCCGGAUUCGCCGGCGCAGUCUUUGGUGCUGGCUGGUGGUUCUGGGUCGAUGCCGUAGUAUGCAGCUCCGUCAAAGUUUCUUUCCUCCACUAUCUUCCAGGCAUAUUUGCGUCUUUGGCUGCUUUGAUGUUCAAUACUGUUAAUAAAGAAGACCUUGACGACUCACCCUACGGAGAAAGCGAGUGGAGGGUCAAACUUUGGCUUUUCAUUGCAUAUGUUGUAUCCUUCGUCUGCUUGGCUGCUUCCGUGGGCCUAUUGAUACAAGAUGCGCUGGUGGAAUCUGGACCUCCAGCUUGGACAGGAGUUGCGGGUGUUUUUCAAUGUGUCUUUGUACUAAUCAGUGGGCUGAUGUAUUGGACUUCUCAUUCAGAAUAACCAAGUUGCCUCAAAGGUAGACUAACUGGAAUUGAGAUUGUUUGCCGGUCAUCCCUGCCUGUGUUUCUGAAUCUGUUAUGUUAGUUCAGAUAUGAAGGUCGGUCUGUUCUAUUAAAAAAUUUGAGUCCCUUGUACAAAACAUUAAUGAAUGUGCUUGAAAAUGCCAGGGUUUCUCGUCCACAAAAACAAACGAGUAAACCUAAAUGUAACGGUAGAGAAAACUAAUGCUAUUAUUCUUGAACAAGUUGGAGUUGUUUUUGUUCUGUAGAAGAUUAGAUUUUGUUGUGAAUUAUCCUCAUGACUGAAAAUGUUGAUAUAAUUUGGAAGAAACUUCGAGGUUGGUUUGAAA